UCACUUCGGUCGAUUUUCCUCAAGUUUGGGAGGCCAUUUCUGUUCAUCAUGCAAGUGGGUUACGGGGGGAUUUUUCGAUUUCCUCAGCCAGCCAAAAAUCUGGUAAGCGUUCUUUUACCAAAUUGGGCUUAUAUCGUCCGUGGCUGGAAAAUAUAAAAGUCGUUCAGAAUUACGGCUGAAGUCUUUUACCAUCUGCCUCAUUUCCAAUGGAGAACCAACUUAUCAAGAUAAUCGAUCGUUUGCCGGAUGGAAUUGUUCGUCAGUUCUUGAAGCGAAACGCUAAAUACUCUUCAGCAGUGGCUAUCCUUGCCGCUGGUUACUUUGUGACGAGCAGGCUUUACAGAGUUUAUUUUGGCCCGUUGAGCAAUAUCCCCGGCACAUUUUUUGAUACUUUCUUUGAUAUGCCAAUGCUUUAUUACAAUUUGCCGCUUGGAACCAGAUACCAGCGUAUGGUUGGACUUCAUCAGAAGUAUGGCAGGAUUGUGAAAUCGACAAGUCGCACCAUCACUAUCUCAGAUAAAAAUAUGAUCAAGCAGAUCUUACACGACGAUGACCUUCCCAAAGCAUGGGCAUACAAGAACCUUCAACUUGACGGACAUCAAACUAUGUUCAAUACCAUUGACAAGGAUUUCCACAAGACAAGAAGACGCGUUGUCUCCCCUGCAUUUUCAGUGAAAUAUCUUGCUGCUUUGGAACAUCUGAUGUCAGACUCCGUAGGCGAGUUUGUCCAGCACAUCAAUAGUGCAGUUGAUACAGCACACCUUCACAACCAGCCUAGCGCUGAGGUCGACAUGUGGCGUCUCCUCCAAUCCACUGCUCUGGAUGUUAUUGGGGCUACUGCGUUCGAUCAAAGUUUCAAUAUGGUCAAGAAUGGAUCCCAUCCCUUACCAGCAACCAUCACCAGAAAUUUGACACAUGCUGCGCUUGCUAGUGCUACAAAAUCAAUCCCUAUUUUUGGUAAAAUUGUUGAUUUCUUUAUCAAAAGCAACGAAAGUAAAUUUGACAUCGGCAAGUUCAUGGUCGGUAUUAUCGAGGAGCGUCUCAAGUCAGGAAAGAGAAAGAAUGAUAUUUUGCAAAUUUUGAUUGACUCGCAAAACGCUGAGCUCAAGAACGAUCGAUUAAAUAAUGAAGACAUCGUCCACGAAAACAUUCUGUUCUUGAUUGCUGGCUCGGAAACUACUUCCAACACUAUUGGUUUUGCUAUCAUUCAUCUGAUAGAGCAUCCUGAAGCUUUGGCUCUUUUGAGAGAGGAAUUGGAUAGCGUAUAUCCUCGCAAUGGCAGUAAUGUUCGUUUUGAGCACGAAGACCUCAAAAAUCUCCCAUAUUUGAAUGCAGUCAUCAACGAAACUAUGAGAAUCAAGCCAGUUGCUAUGGGCGGCCUUCCCAGAGAAACUGAUAGAGACUACAUCCUUGGUGGAAAGUACCAUAUCCCCAAAAAUAUAUUGAUCUCUGCACACAUUUAUGCCUGCCAGGUCGACCCUGAAUACUGGCCAGAGCCACUGGCUUUCAAACCAGAACGUUGGUUGGAAGGUUCUGAUAUUCCUGCUGACAAAGAUGCCUUCUUCCCAUUCUCCUCAGGUUCUCGAAAUUGUAUUGGUAAAAACUUUGCUUGGAUGGAGAUGAGACUACUUUUGGCUUCCUUCGUGUACAACUUCAAUUUUGAUCCUGUGCCAGAAAGUGUUGAAGACGCUAAACAUCUUCGCCAAUUUAUUACUUACACUAUUGCUAGCAACUCCUACAAAGUCAAGAUUACAAAACGUCAUUAAUGGAUAUCGUUCAUUAUGCCUCUGGCUCAUCUGUAUUAAAUCGAUUGUAACAAUAUCAUUAUUGAGAUAUUUUGUAUGCCAUCUUCUAU